UUGACGUAAGUAGGCAUUGAAAAUCAGGCAGAGUGACGAAUGCAAUAGAAUUGAGAACGAGUGUGUAUGCGUUCAGACUGAAGUGAAGUGUCGGAUCACACAGCCACCAUCAUGGUGCGCAUUGCGCAGCAUUCUUGAACAAGGCUGUUACCUGGCUCCGACUUCACAGUAUUCUCCAGUCUAUCUGUUAUGGCUCCUGCUCCCACAACCACCGAACAGUCUUUCCGGGCCAACCUCUCGCAAUUUCGUUGGGCGCGUGGAGUUACGGAUGACUCCCAGCAAACACAGGCAUCACAGGCUAACAGCGGUGGCAACCCAUUCUCACGUUUCUACAACGCCAUUGGCGCGGGAGACUACAUUCCUCUUAGAUCGAGUGAGAGGUCGAAUGAAGAGGAGGCGUGGUUUGCUCUGUCGCGGUGGGAGCGGUUACUUGGAUUCGGAGGCUGUUUAGUUGGGGCUGCCGUAUGCUUCUUCGUCGCUUUCUUGACUCUGCCUUUCCUCGUACUUCCUGGCCGUCCGAGGAAGUUCGCACUGUCGUUCAGCCUAGGCAGCUUGCUUGUCAUGUUUGGAUUCUCGGUUCUUAUUGGACCCUUGAACCACCUGAAACACCUUGUCACCGCUGAGCGCUUGCCCUUCACCCUCGUCUAUUUCUCCAGUCUUGGGUUAACCCUUUACUUUGCCCUUGGUCCACAGUCAUAUGUCGGUUCGUUCGUGGCAUCUGUCGUACAAGUCUUCGCACUUGUAUCAUAUGUGUUAGCGUAUUUCCCUGGAGGCUCGGCGACAUUGAGACUGGCAGGCUCGACUGCUAUCCGUGGCGCAUCUAGCCUGUUGCCCCGGUGAAGAGCUCACGAGAGCCUGAUUAACCAUCGUCUUCCACUCAGUCAUACCAUGUAUACUUAUUUCAAAGUCUUCCAAUCAUCUCCACAUUCCCCGAAGGGUGAAUCCAGAA